AUGCCAAGUAGGAACCAUAGCAUACCAGUCAUUUCUUUCUAUGCCGAAAAGAAAGUCAAACACACAGACUACUGCCUUGACACAAUAACAGGGGCAAUUGUUCCACAAUCAGGCACCAGCCAGCCGGAUAACACCUUGCGCUGUAAUUCAUUCUCAUCAUAUCCGCACCCUCAACUCAUACACCUCCUCGUCAACAUCACCCUCAACGAUCACAGGCUACCUACUGAGUUUUCUCAUCCAGCGCGCCUACUUCCAACGAGCUCCUUCAAAAUGACAGACGCAACCACCGCAACCUACACCCCCCUCCCAACCCCAACCUCAAUCCGCAUCCUCGUCCUCGCCCCCGCCCUUCCCUCCUCCCCCGAAAUCAACUGCUACCUCCUCCCUUCCGACCUAAACUCCGACCACAACCUCUUCCCAGAAACCAGCCCCCGCCCAAUCAAAUCCCUCUCAGUCAUGUACACAAGCCCCCCCCUCCCCGGAAAACCCAACGAGUUCAUCGUCUGGACCGACACCACCCCAACUCAACCCAGAAAAAUGCACCCCUUCCAGCGGUACUCCGCCCUCUCCUACGUCUGGGGUGACCCGUCAGACCCAGUCUACAUAAAUCUAGACGGGAGACAAGUCCCAAUCACGAGGAACUUAUACGCUGCUUUGAGGGCGGUGAGGAAGUUGCAAGCGGGGAAAAGGUUGUGGGUUGACGCGUUGUGUAUUGACCAAAGUGAUUGCGAGGAGAAGAGGGUGCAGAUUGGGUUGAUGAGGAGGGUUUAUGAGCAGGCGAAGAGGGUGGUUGCGUUUGUGCCGCUAGAAAAGGGGGAUGGGGGGAGGGUGGUGGAGUUGGUGGGGAGGGUUUGCAGGGCGGAGAGGUUGUUGAGGGCGGAGAUGGAGGGGGGGGAUAGUCAGUAUGAUGAGGAUGAUGAGGAUGACGAGGAUGGUGAGGAUGGUGAGGAUGGCGAGGACCAUACUUUUAAGGUCGUUCCCCAAACAGACGACCUGGAACUGCAACUCCAACAACUCGGCCUUGCCGACCCAGGCCCUACCAAGUUCCUUGAAAAAUUUGGACUGCCGACCGUCGAUAGUCCUCUCUGGGUGUCAUGGCGCCGGUUUUUUGCAUCUCCGUACUUUCAGAGGAUUUGGAUUCUGCAAGAGUUCCUCUCCGCCAAGAAGGUCAGGUUCCAUUUUGGGGAUGCGCGUUUGGAUGCAAGUGCUGUUAUCGUUGCAUGCUACGCUAUCAAGGAGUAUAGCGAAGUUGACAAUCGCGCAUACAUGCAGCGUCGAGGGGAGGAAUUGGCUGACAGUGGUCAGCCCCACAGAGGGCUGAAGCGGGCCUGGCUGAUGUUUGAGAAGAGGGUGAUAUGGAAGAAGUGCCCGGCUGCUUUGGCCGAGCUCAUCGUUCUGGCCGGCCAAUUCUUCAUGGCGACAGAUCUCCGCGAUAAGGUGUAUGCGUUGAUCGGAUUGGCAAAAGAUGGGCAAGAGUAUAUGGGACAUGUUAGCUACGAGCCGAGUGAGACCCAUAUCAAGGUCUUCACGAGGUUUGCCCGCUUGUUGAUUGAGAAUGGGUACGCUGAAGAACUGCUUCGCUGCUCUGGGAUAUCUGGUUCUGCGGACCGGGAUCCUGAAUUGCCCACAUGGGUUCCGGUGAGAGACAUCAUAUAUAUCUUGCAUAUUGUGCUUUGCUGGGUUGAAGCUGACCACAAUCCAACAGAACUGGGCCGACACAUCGCCUUCAGUUAA